CACAGUGUAACAAGCAGACAGACAGUCAGUUAGCCACUCAGUCAGUCAGUCAGUCAGUCAGUCAAUUAACACUACAGUACAUAUCCUUGACAGACACCAGUUAUGAUCAUCAUACAGUUCUUUGUCCUUUUUUUCACAUGUUUCAACGUAAUACUAUGCUCCAGUGACUUACUACUGAGAGUUCAACAAGUAGACAAACUCUUCUCAGCUGAAGGUCCUACUUCCAACGUAUUACAUGAAUAUGAGAAACUUGUAAAUGAUAUAGAUGCUAGUGGAGAAGAUUUUACUGUUCAUUUACCUCAAAUCUUAUUUAAAAGAGCCUUAAUUGAAAUCAACCUUAAUAAGGAGAUUCAAGCCAUUAGUGAUUUAAAGCGAGUACUUAAAUUAGAUUCGUCUAAGAAAGCAGCUAAACAGAAGUUAGUGGAUUUAUUAACUACUAAGGGAGAUUUUACUCUGUUAAAACCAUAUUUACAUAUAAAUAAUGAUAAAUCAGUAUUAGAAAUUAUCAAUAGAUGGGAGAGUAAUUUUAAAUUAGCUCAUGAAGCUUAUAAUGUUCAUGAUUAUGAAAAGGCAGUUACUAUCAUUGAUAAUGAAUUAAUAUCAGUAUCACCCAUGAGUUUAGAAGUUAAUGAACUUCAUUAUAAUAGUACUAUGAAAUUACUUUUAGCUGGUCAAUCAUUUAAUCAAAGGGUAGGAGAAGAACUGAUUAAUAAAUUAGUAAUUACUGAUUUAACUAGAUUAAUUAAAAUUCAACCCAUGUCAAAUCUUGCCAAUUAUGAACAAUUAGCUCAAUAUGUUUGGUAUACAGAAUUAGAAUUUGAGUUGGGCAAAUCAAUCAUUAAGAAUUGUUUAAGAAUUAAUAAUGAAUAUAAGCCAUGUGGAACCAUAUCUAAAUUCUUUACUAAAUUUCAAGAAUUAUUUAAAAUUUUAGAAGAGUAUUCUAUUUUACUUGGUCAUCAUUAUGCUAUCCAAUUAGAUGGUACCACUACAACCAAUACGGUUGAAGAUCUGUCAUUUGAUUUUGAAUUCAUAAAUGAGUAUUUAUUUGAAUCUGAAUUAAAAGUUUCUAAAUUAGAAAAGAGAAAUCUUCCUCAAAAAAUUAAAACUAAUUAUGAUUAUUUAAUUUAUAAAAUUGAAAGAUUUCUUGAAGAUAAUCAUUUGAACAAGAUUCAACCUUUACAAGUUAGAAUAGUUCGAGAUUUAAUUAAAUUAGGUUGUGAAUCAUAUAUCAGACUUAAUAAUUAUAAGGGAGCCAUACCAUAUUGUUCUAAAAUUGAUGAUAAAUUCUUACCUAAAGAAGUUCCUGUAAUUGAUCAAUUAUUGAGAGAUGAGAAGUUUCUAGAAGCUAAGUCUAUAUUAGAUCAAUUUAACAAUAAUGUUAAACAAACAAGUAUGUUCCAUGAAAGAUAUGUAAAGGUAGAGGAAUAUAUGAUGAGAGAGCAACAGAAACAACAACAGCAACAACAUCAGCGUCAACAACAAUUUUUCAAUCAACAACAGCAAAGACAGAGACAACAUCAGCAACAACAUCAACAUCAACAAAGACGUGAACCAGCUCAUGAUUAUUAUAAGAUUCUUGAUAUACCUCGUGAUGCCGAUGAAAAAACAAUUAAGAAAGGAUACCGAGCUCAAACCUUAAAAUAUCAUCCUGAUAAGUAUAAGGGUACUGAUAUGACAGCUGAUGAAAUAGAAAAGAAAAUGCAAACCAUUAAUCAAGCAUAUGAAAUAUUAUCUGAUCCCGAUUUAAAAGCCAGAUUUGAUAGAGGCGAUGAUCCUGCUGAUCCUCAUAACAAUGUACCUGGAGGUGGAGGAGGUGGUGGUGGUGGAUCAGGAUUCUUUAAUCAAGGAGGUCCUAUAUUCAACUUUGGUUCAGGUGGUUCCUUUCAAUUCGGAGGGUUUGGAGGUAAUGGUGGAGGUAAUUCCCACUUCCGAUUUACUCAUAACAAUCAUCAACGAAGACAUUGAUAGAUAUAUACCUCUAAUAGAUAAUCAAUAUAAUAAGUUUAGCACCCAAUUUCCGCAUUCGUAGAGCAUCUGGCCCAAUCGGGAACCAGUCGUGUGCGCGGCCCUUUUCGCGCCCAUUUCGGGAAGCCGGUGCCACAGAUUGAGAUAAGAUGCCACCACAAAGAGUAAUAGGCAAAAACGGUCGGUGAAUGUAC